AUGGCUGUCGUCAAUCUGGGACAACCUGCGUCGCUAUCGCAGGGCCCUAUCUCGCGAGAUGACGCAUCCGAGAUACUCGGCAGCAUCAGCAUGGCUGCCUUUCUCUGCCUCUUGAUCCCGCAACUCGCUGCCAACUACAAGUUGAAGAGCGCAGAUAGCUUAUCUAUGGCAUUCCUGUUCAUUUGGCUUUUGGGAGACGUUACCAAUUUACUAGGGGGUCUGGCGAACGGCAUCGCGCCCGCAAGCAUAGCUGUGACAACAUAUCUCUGCUUUUCGGACUCGACACUCAUCUGCCAGUGCCUGUACUACAACUCAAAACGUCGGAUUCGGAACCUCGUACAACCUAGCACGCCAAGAUCGCAAUCUCCCGAGCGCCGACCUCUUCUCGAGCCGGCGGACUCUUCUGAGGAUGUGAACUCAGCAGGGCAUUAUCAAGUUGCCUCUCCUGGGUCGACUCAGGUUGUGGACAAAGAUGAGGAAAAUGACAUCAGCACUGUACGCACCCUGCACGACUGGCGCUUCAAUGCGGCAUGCCUUGUCAUGGUCGCUAUUCUUGGGAUCUCGGGAUGGUUCGUGCUUCGCGAGUUUGGGGUGGUUGGCGGUGAGAAGCCUCCUGGAGCCGUGAGUGUUACAGAGUUGCCAGGCAUUUCCGAGUCGGUUGGAUCAGCGUUGGGAGUCAUCGGCGCAAUCUGCUAUCUGUGUGCCAGGAUUCCACAAAUUAUCAAGAAUUACAGGGGAAAGUCAUGCGAAGUGUCAUUGCGUACAAGCAAGACAGAGAGUACUUGCUUACAAGCCUACCGUGGCUAA